AUGGCUCCUCUCACUCCCCAUUGGCACCAGCCUUCUCACCCCGACAUCCAAGAAGUCGUCAUCGUGAACCCCGAGGAAUUCACCACCAAGAGCAUCUCGCGCGUUUCUCUCCCACCAUUUGCAGUUUUCGCAAAGUUCGACUUCCCCCCCUGCACGCCCGCCAGCGAACCGACCUACGCUACCGUUCAGACCGGCCGCGACACUCAUCUCAACUUGAACAGUGACUUGCUGUACAUUAAUCAUUCUUGCGAACCUACUCUCCUCUUUGAUGUAGGAAACUUGAACAUUCUCGUUGGACCCAAGGGUCUCAAGGUUGGCGAUGAGCUCACAUUCUUCUAUCCCUCCACCGAAUGGCAUAUGGCCCAGCCCUUCGACUGCCUCUGUGGCACCCCCUCUUGCCGCGGCCGAAUCUCUGGUGCUCGCGACAUGACCCAAGCCCAGCUCGACGGUAUUUGGCUCAACGGUCACAUCAUCCAGCUCCGCGCCGAGCAGCUCGCCCGCUCACAGGAUCCCACUGCAACCGCCCUCCACGACGCCGUCGUCCACGCUGAGAAGGUCCUUGAAUCGGCUCGUCUUGCUCUUCGUUCUUACACGAGCAACGCGCAGGCUCAAAACGGAAAUGGCACUUAUCCUUCCAAGCACACCAAUGGAACUCUGGGAAAGGCAGCUGCGCUGGAGCAUCGCGGCCCGACCUCUCGUGAGCUGAGUGGUGAGAUGGGUGGUGAUACUGUCCGCGUUUAG